UUCGGCCUUUUCCCCACUGAGAGAAAAAGACACUUCGCUUUGCUGCUCUGUUUUUGACUGAUUUUUACACAAAACCUAAACACCACGCCACCAAAAGUAGGCCCUCGCUCUGGUUUUUUUAUUACAGAGAAAAAGAGGAGGAAGAGCAUCAGCAUCCAUGGCUCGCCAAGCCACAAGACUGGUCUCUAAGUUGAGUUCAAAGCUUAGCCCUAAUAGUCCCACGAUCUCUGCUUCACCAUCUUCUCCAUUGUGGCAUCAGUACCGCUACUUUGGAUCUCCACCGCCGCCGCCCGCUGUUUUCGUCGAUAAGAACACCCGCGUUAUCUGCCAAGGCAUCACUGGUAAAAACGGUACUUUCCACACCGAACAAGCCAUUGAGUAUGGUACUAAAAUGGUUGGUGGAGUGACCCCCAAGAAGGGUGGAACAGAACAUUUGGGGCUUCCUGUCUUUAAUACUGUUGAAGAGGCAAAAGCAGAGACAAAGGCUAAUGCUUCAGUGGUUUAUGUCCCUCCACCAUUUGCUGCAGCAGCUAUUAUGGAGGCCAUGGAAGCUGAGUUGGACUUAGUAGUCUGCAUAACGGAGGGGAUUCCUCAGCAUGAUAUGGUCCGUGUAAAAGCUGCUCUUAAGAAGCAAUCGAAAACUCGGCUGAUUGGUCCAAAUUGCCCAGGUAUUAUCAAACCAGGAGAGUGCAAAAUUGGUAUUAUGCCUGGAUACAUUCACAAACCUGGACGUAUUGGAAUUGUUUCUCGAUCUGGUACAUUGACAUACGAAGCAGUUUUUCAGACAACUGCUGUUGGCCUUGGGCAGUCAACUUGUGUAGGGAUUGGUGGUGACCCUUUUAAUGGUACAAAUUUUGUCGAUUGCUUAGAGAAAUUUAUCGCUGAUCCACAGACAGAAGGUAGACUUUCUUGAAGCAUAUUAACUCAU